CGCAGUGGAAACCUUGCUUUUCUGUGAAGGUUUUGUGUGGGGCAGAGAAUUUCCAUUGUGUCAAUUUCUCCGUUGGUUUACCAGCCGUUUUUUAUCUGCAUUAAUUUCGGGUGUCUUUUAUGAAUAAUCAAAAGCAGCAAAAGCCAACGCUAACCGGCCAGCGUUUUAAGACUCGGAAAAGAGAUGAAAAGGAGAGAUUUGAUCCUACUCAGUUUCAAGAAAGUAUUGUACAAGGCUUGAAUCAAUCUGGCAGAGAUUUGGAGGCUGUGGCAAAAUUCCUUGAUGCCUCUGGCGCCAAGCUCGACUACCGCCGCUAUGCUGAGACUCUCUUCGACAUCCUGGUGGCCGGUGGCAUGCUGGCCCCAGGUGGCACUUUGUCGGAUGACGUGACCCGCACGGAUUACUGUCUGUUCACUGCAAACGAAGACCUGGAAACCAUGCAGGCUUAUGCACAGGUUUUUAACAAGUUGAUCAGGCGUUACAAGUACCUGGAGAAGGGGUUCGAGGAGGAGAUCAAGAAGUUGCUGCUGUUUCUGAAGGGGUUCACCGAGUCUGAGCGGAACAAGUUGGCCAUGCUCACCGGCAUCCUGCUGGCCAACGGGAACAUCUCCGCCUCCAUCCUGAACAGUCUCUACAACGAGAACCUCGUCAAGGAAGGCGUUUCCGCUGCAUUCGCGGUGAAACUCUUCAAAUCUUGGAUCAACGAGAAGGACAUCAACUCAGUCGCAGGCAGCCUCCGUAAGGUUGGCAUGGACAACCGUCUGAUGGAGCUUUUCCCGGCCAACAAGCGAAGCUGCGAGCACUUCUCGAAGUACUUCACGGACGCCGGGCUGAAGGAGCUGUCCGACUUCGCCCGCAACCAGCAGAGCAUCGGGGCCCGCAAGGAACUGCAGAAGGAGCUGCAGGAGCAGAUGUCCCGCGGGGAUAACUUCAAAGACAUCAUAACCUAUGUGAGGGAGGAGAUGACAAAGACCAACAUCUCGGAGCAGUCGAUGAUCGGCAUCGUGUGGAGCAGCGUCAUGAGCUCCGUAGAGUGGAAUAAGAAGGAGGAGCUGGUCACAGAACAAGCCAUCAAACACCUGAAGCAAUACAGUCCUCUCCUGAACGCCUUCACCUCCCAGGGUCAGUCUGAGAUCACCCUCCUGCUGAAGAUCCAGGAGUAUUGCUACGACAACAUCCACUUCAUGAACUCCUUCCAGAAGAUCGUCGUGCUCCUCUACAAAGCGGAUGUUCUGAGCGAGGAAGCCAUUUUGAAGUGGUAUACAGAAGCCCACAUGGCCAAGGGCAAGAGUGUGUUCCUGGAACAGAUGAAGAAAUUUGUGGAAUGGCUGAAAAACGCUGAAGAGGAAUCUGAGUCUGAUGAGGAAGAGGGGGACUAAAACCUCACCAUAUAAAACCAACCCAACUCUUGGGAAUAAGACCAGUUAUGGGAGCAGUAGAAUGUUUCGUUACAGAAGUGCUUGUCUGUCUUUUUUUGCUUUUCUUUUUUAAAUGUUUUGAUUUCUGAUUCUACCUCCAGGUCUUUAUUUCUCUCUUUCUCUCAAACAUAACAUUUAGAUGUCAUUUAAGGGCUUAAACACAAGGUUCAUUGUAAUAUUUUUUUUUCUAAUCCGAAAGGUUUACAUUAAAGUUCACCCAGCACAAUUUUGUGAGUAGUCAAACCCAAUAAAUCAUUUCACCUCUUAGAGCUUUCAAGGUGUUUGACAUUUAAGAAAUUGACCAUUUUUAUUAUUAUUUUUUUUACUAUUGAUAUAAUUGUAGUAAUAAUUUGUUGCAUCGAAAUUAUGUACAUUCCAUUUCAACUUAACUAGCAAACUUCUACGCAUUCUAUCAGCUCUCAAAUGACAAGUUUUAUUUGUUAUUUUCCCCCACCCGCUCUCACCAGUCUUUUGUAUUAUUGUGCCGAUGCCUUUUAGCGCCCCCUACAGAUUCCCUGGUGAAUUGUCCUCAUUGGGAAGUUAUUGCCAAAGCUCUAAGCCCUUGCUCUUGUCAUAACUCUCCUAAAUGAGCCAUUGGAUAGCAAUUUCCUUCCUCCCCCUCCUCUUUCCUUCUGUUAUGAAAUUGUACAGAACAUUAAAACAAAUUACCGAUCUAAUUAUGACAAAACUGGUGACAGUUAAAACUUACCAGUAACCCACUCCAUCCCCAUCCCCACCCAUGCUAAUCAAGGCCCCCCACCUCUUCUCUCUCCCCAUUACUUGCACAGACGUCAAAUGUAGGAUGUUUGCCACCCUUUCAAUUGAUGUCAUGAAUUUCUUCAAUCUGAUGAAAGGACCGCCCUCUUUUUUUUAAAAUCUAAUAAAGACACUGAGGUACAUCUGA